CAUGCCUCUGUCAAGUGUACUACUCUCGGACUCUUUCUACUCCAAAUCCUCCUAGUCUCUCUGUUCCAACCCGAUUGAUUGGCGUACGAGGGUAACAAGUGAUGGUCAUGCAUGAUCCCUGCCAGCGUCAGCGCUUAGACACCGACCGCACCCAAUCAUGACCUCCAACACCAUCUUGACCAACACCGCAGCCGCUGGAGGGGAGAACGCUCACCUUUUCCCAUCUCGAAUCAAACUGCCCAUCACCUUCGCACCGUUCGAACAUGCGCAUGCGUCGCUAGCAGUAUCACUCGGAGCAAUGUCCAGUCACGGCGUCUGCGUCUUAUUUCUGGGCGCCGCGUCGUUGGACUAAUUAAUUGAUUCGUAUCUACCGAGUAUAACCCUCCGCAAUGGCCCAGGUUGAUCGUCUUUGUCCCCUCUCUUUGCCUGCUGCCCUUCAUUCCGUCGACCAGAAAGAGGCCCAUACCAAGAACUCCUGUUGCUUAAUUCCUCUCAAGGCUAUACAGACCAGACCUUUUGUUUUCUCUCUUGUCGACGACCAGACUUCCGCCCUACGGCUCUGAGAGCUGUCCUUUGCGCACGUCCGAAGACCACUUGAUUGUGCCAUCUUCUUCUGCUCACACCCAUAAAUCACUCCCUACACAAGCAGAGGGAACCCGCAAAGUUCCUACUUCUUCCCGCCAGGAUGCUUUCGAGAUCGAUACUCGUCCUCAUCUCGUACCUCACCCUUGCCUACGGACAUGUGGUUAUAACAUACCCGGGUUGGAGAGGAGACAAUUUACAUUCGAAUGGAACGGUACAAGAGUCCAACGGGCUGGAAACUGCCCCUCUGGAUGGCAAUUAUAUUUGGCCGUACGGCAUGCAAUGGUCAUAUCCUUGCGGCGGUAUGCCCACAUCCACGAAUCGCACCAAAUGGCCCGUCAAAGGCGGCGCGGUCUCAUUCCAACCGGGCUGGUUCACCGGCCACGGUACUGCCUUUAUCUACAUCAACCUAGGCUUCGGCACCAUCCCCCCCAACAUGUCCAACGUCAUGGUGAACGGCAUCCAGAUCAUCGGUCCUACGAAAGAUCCUUACCCAGGAACGUUUUGCCUCCCUCAGGUCCCCCUUCCGGCCAACACUUCGGUCCAAGUCGGAGACAAUGCGACCAUUCAAGUCAUUGAAACGGCCGUCCAUGGUGCCGCUCUGUACAGCUGCGUCGACAUCACUUUUGCCGAACCCGAGGACGUACCUGAAGUGAAUGCCAGUAACUGCUUCAAUUCGACGCAAAUCUCCAGCUCGUUGGUAUUCACGACGACGGAUCUGCAGAGUGACGCACUUGUUUCUGUUUCGACGAAUCGCUACGGCUACAUGACGACAGCGUUGGUGGUGUCAUUAGGACUUUUGGCGUUAUGAAGAUGAUCUGGGAUGCCAGAAACAAGAUGAGAGCCCGCUGCGAUGAGAAAGACAACGCCCAAGUCGUGUGGUUGAGAAGACCUUUCCCAAACGAAACGAUCGUUCAUAACCCCCAGGUUCCAAACUCGACUCACCAGGUGGUGGUGGUGGUGGUGGAAUGUAGAAACUCCAAAGUUGGACAACAUUUACCCACACAGGAUCGAAAUGGAGAUAUUCGCAAUCCGAAAGAUACAGACCUUGGUAAUCCCGGGUUACGGGACGACUCAGCCGUAUCCGACCGGCAACCUUUUCCUUUCGUCCUGUCAAAAAGGGGCCAAUAGAAGGUUGAUGCAAUGACACCUCGUUGUGUUGUGGUGCGAUGCGAUGCGAUGCGUGGAGGUAUGUGGAACGCGCAGUUCCUAUAUCUGGCGGAGCUACUUCCGUAUGUCGCAGUGAGAUGACUUGAGGAGUAUGGGGGAUGUAAGUUGAUCUGCCUUUGCCGAAGCGGCUAUUUUUUUUUCUGGUGGACUACGGCGUCGUCGUUCCUUUUCUUGUCUCACAUACAUACCAUCUCGACAAUGUCCAUACUUUGUUUCUUGUCGUUCAUAUCCGUGCAGAGACGGGAACAUGCACCCCGUGCAAUUAUUUCUUCAGACUACCCCCUACGUACGGACUGCGAAAAAUUUGUCUGAGUAUCCUAUUCACU